AUGAAGUUUCUCAAAUACCUAAUUUCGCCAGCCCUAAUUGGGUUGUCGAAUGCGGUCAGUCUUGAUUCGCUGUUCAACACGAAGACGAUGGGACCUGGUGGUCUUGGUACACACAAGGCGAUUGUACAAAGUUGGUUAGAUGAUACCGUUCUACUCGUCAACGCUGCUUUGGAUGGUAUCAAUGCUUAUGAUUCCGAUCCAAAUAUGCAAAAUAAUCUUUUUGCGUAUUUUGGUAUCAGGCCGACGAAGGCUGGCAGACCAUAUGCUUCAGAUAACUCUAAACUUACAACUGUGAGAACCACACUUGAAAGUGUACAGAAAUUUCUUAACCGACAGAACGUUAGAUUUACAGUGGAAGGUGAUGGCACAGGAAAGCCAUCACUUUUCUAUGAUUCUACGUGGCAAGUAGAAACAGAACUCAUUUUCAGCCCUGAUGGAGCAGUGGUCCCAGACCCGAAAGACGCUACCAAGCAGGCCAAUUUCCGUACCUUCGUGGGCUCGGUCGACGCAUCCACGGACAGCUUGAUCGCAGAAAUGAAAGAGGGAAGAUCACCAAACUGGAGUAAAUACGCAUACUAUUCCGCGGACCUACGCGACUACGUAAUUGAGACAAAGGCAAACCGAUAUCCGGGGAGCCCGCCUUCAUGGUGUAGAGGAAGAUCAAUGUCGCCCGAGGAGCUUCGAUUUGGGCUCACGAAUACAAAUUUGUAUCGUGAUGUUAUCACGCUUUGUCCAGAUGCAUUUGGGACGGACUCCGAGCCAUAUGAAACAAUCGCCGCUGCUAUGGCAUCGACGGAGGCGAGAACUGUAGGCGAAGAACUUGAUAAAGCUUCUCCGAGAUCAUUGACACUCUUCCACGAGUUGAUCCAUUUGACUGUUGGGGAUGGGGCUGAUGCAACACCGGAUAGUGCUACCAAGCCAACUGAGUGUCUGGGACAAACACUCAAUAAGCAAGGCGCUAAAAGUCUCUUGAACCCAGACUCUUACGUCUUCUUUGCGUGGUCAUACUAUCUUACCAAGAACGGAAACCCAAAAUAUGAAUGGCAGAGUGGAUUCGCCGUGGCGUAA